GUUUACUAGUGCCCCCACUAUGAAUGCUGUAAGAAUGUGAGGUUAUGAAAUAGUUAUGAAUUAAAUUUGAAAGAAAUCAGUAAGAUAACCUGUUCGAGAAAAUAGCCGAGAACGUAUUGUUGCGCCAAAAUUGUUCGAGAAAUUUUUAUAAAUGAUUAAAAGUGUGCAUCCAAACUAAAUUUAAACAAAAUUCGAUCGCUCAAACAUUUUUUGACGUAAAACUAAAUUUCUUUUAAAUAAAAUUAUGUCUUCUCUAACGAAACUUAUAAAUUUAUCUCAGACUGGAAAGUAUAUUUUACGCAAAAAUAUAUGCAGGCAAAUUACACGAGUAAACAAACAAAAUCAUUUAACAGUCCAUAACACAUUUUUAAUAAGACAUGAAAGCACAGAAGUAAAACCAGAUGAACAUAUUGCUGCAAAAGAAAAUAAUUUUAUUAUUAAAGAUACUGAAAAAGGUGUUGGUGACCUGCAUAAGCAUGAAUUUCAGGCAGAUACUAAAAUGCUUCUUGACACAGUUGCUAGAUCACUUUAUUCAGAAAAAGAAGUUUUUGUUCGUGAAUUGAUUUCUAAUGCAAGUGAUGCCCUUGAGAAAUUUAGGUAUGAACGUGUAAAUAAUGUUGACCUAGAGGAUUCCAGUAGAGCACUAGAAAUUCACAUUGGGUGUGAUAAAAAUGCAAGAACUUUAACUAUACAAGAUACGGGUAUUGGGAUGACAAAAGAUGAACUUAUAGCAAAUUUAGGAACUAUUGCAAGAUCUGGUUCGAAAGCCUUCUUAGAAAAACUGAAAAAUGAAGGUUCUAAUAAUGCAUCUAAUAUUAUUGGACAAUUUGGGGUUGGUUUUUACUCAGCUUUCAUGGUUGCUGAUAAGGUUGAUGUAUAUACCAAAUCAUCAAAAUCCGGAUCCGUAGGACUAAAAUGGAGUUCAGAUGGCUCUGGAAGUUAUGAAAUACAGGAAGCAGAGGGAGUCCAUUUGGGAACCAAAAUAGUCAUAACUCUUAAAGCUGAUUGUCGAGAAUAUGCUGAUGAUACAACGAUCAGCGAGGUUAUUAAGAAGUACAGUAAUUUUGUUGGAAAUCCAAUAUAUUUAAAUGGACAAAAAGCCAAUAAUAUUGAGGCUUUAUGGCUCAUGGAACCUAAAGAUGUGAAACAAGAGCAACAUAAUGAUUUUUAUCGUUUUAUUGCAAAUAGUUAUGAUAAGCCAAGAUUUGUUCUUCAUUACAAGACCGAUGUUCCAUUAUCUAUAAGAGCUUUGCUAUAUUUUCCUGAUGGGAAGCCUGGCCUAUUUGAUUUGAGCCGUGAUCAAGAAAGUGGUGUAGCCCUUUAUUCAAGAAAAGUGUUGAUAAAAAAUAAGACUGAUACAUUAUUGCCUAAAUGGUUGAGAUUUGUUAAAGGUGUUGUUGAUUCUGAAGAUAUACCUUUAAACCUGAGCAGAGAAUUAUUACAAAAUAGUGCACUUAUUAGGAAGUUAAGAACUGUAAUUACAAACAGAAUUCUCCGAUUUCUACAUGAUCAAUCGGUGAAAAAUAAAGAUGAAUUUGAUGACUUCUAUACAGAUUAUAGUUUAUUUUUGAAAGAAGGAAUUAUUAUGAGUCAUGAACAAAUGGAAAAGGAAGAAAUUGGUAAACUAUUAAGAUUUGAGUCAUCCAAUGUUGAUCCAGAAACAAGAAUAAGUCUGGCAGAAUAUUGUUCUCGCAUGAAAGAAGGUCAAAAGGAAAUUUACUACUUAGAAGCGCCAAAUCGAAUCUUAGCUGAAAGCUCACCAUAUUUUGAGGCCCUUAAAAAGAAGGGAAUUGAAGUCCUGUUUUGUUUUGAACCUUAUGAUGAAAUUGUUUUAAUGCAGUUGAAAGGUUUUCUAGGGCAUACAUUAACUUCUGUUGAAAAAGAUAUGCAUCAAGACAAAGCAUCUGCUGAUAUGUCUCAACUAGGAGAAGAUAGUUUAAAACGCAGUGAAGUAGAUGAAUUGAUAAAAUGGAUCAAAGAAAAAUUAUCAGGCAAAGUUUUUUCUGUAAAGAUUACAAACAGACUCGAUAAACAUCCAUGUGUAGUGACCGUAGAAGAAAUGGCUGCAGCAAGACAUUUUAUUAGGACACAAAGUCAUCAGUUACCUGAACAAAGAAGAUAUUCACUUUUACAACCACAGCUGGAAAUUAAUGCAAAACAUCCAUUAAUAAAAAAAUUGCACCAAUUAACAACAAGUAAUCCAAUGUUGGCAGACUUGGUAAUACAACAGUUGUUCAGUAAUGCUAUGGUUGGAGCAGGCCUAGUUUUGGAUCCAAGGAUUCUUUUAACUUCAAUGAAUGAAUUGCUCACUUCUGCUUUAGAAAAGCAUUAGACUAAUUAAUUGUGAAUGUUUUAUUAUAUGCUAUUUCAAAUUUUAAAAUUAUUAUUAAUAAAUAAUUUAGU